AGUGGAUCAGUGUGUGUGUGUGUGUGUGGAGAUGUCUGAGUCUCUGCUGCCCGUGUGUGUUCUCUGUGUGCUGGCGCUCUCAGCGCUCUCGUCCGCGUGCUACAUCCAGAACUGCCCGAGAGGAGGCAAGAGAUCCGAGCCCGUCAGAGAGUGUAUGGCGUGCGGUCCUGGGAAUAGGGGCCGGUGUGUGGGCCCCAGGAUCUGCUGUGGAGCCGGGCUCGGGUGUCUGCUCGGGUCUCCAGAGACGCUGAACUGCAUGGAGGAGAAUCUGCUGCCCGGAGCCUGCGAGUCGAGCGGGUCGCCCUGCGGGGCCGAAGGGGGCCUGUGUGUCGCUCCGGGGGUCUGCUGCCACUCGGAGGGAUGUUCUCUGGAUCCAGAAUGUUCUGAAGACGUGCGGUUUCUCCCGGCUGAAGACGGCGUUGGGCUGAAGAGUGUUUCGGGAGAAAUGCUUCUGCAUCUGUUGAAUCUGGCUUCGAGGAGACAGAGGCCCUUCUGAUCGUGAUCUGUGUCUGUAACUCACUCACACAUGUUGCUCAACUUAUACAUACUGUAUGUAGUAAACGGAUGUGAAUGUGAA